AUGGAUGAAGAAGAAAUAUCAGAAAAUUCACGUUCACCUUUGAUUCAACACACUUCAAAGAGAACCGGUAAUCUGCAGAGAGCAGUGGCACAUAUAAUAACUGGUGUGAUAGGGGCAGGGGUGCUGUCUCUGGCAUGGUCUGUGGCACAAUUAGGGUGGAUUGCAGGUCCUUUGAUAACUUCAGUGUUUGCAGGAACUGUCAUUGUUUCUGCAAACCUUCUUGCUGACUGCUACAGAUUCCCUGAUCCUGAAUAUGGCAACAUUAGGUGCCCCUCCUACAUGGAUGCUGUUCAUCUGUACCUAGGAGAGGCGAAGGAAAAGGUGUGUGGAGUGCUGGUACAUGCAAGCUUAUUUGGUACAACCACUGCAUAUGUAAUUACUUCUGCUAACAGUGUCAGUCAGUAUGACGCUUCAGUCACUUAUUCCCAACACCAACAUGGAAACGAGAACUUCGCAAUGUCCCACAAGAAGAGCACGCUUGCAAUGUCUGAUCUACACACCUUAGUUAUCAAGGACAUGGCUUCUAAAAGUUUUAAGAUUACUGUUUGA